GCGCACAGGGCGCUGACGUGGACUGACAGCUGGAAUCCAUCAGCCGGCAGCUACUUCCUGUCCCCCCGGCUACACUAAGUGACUCUGCUCCCGCUCCACAGCGUCGGUGACUUCUCCCAAGCAUGGACCCGCUGACAGCCUGGACCGGGUCCCGGCUCCUCUGGAUCCUGGUGCUGGUGCUGGCCACCCUGCUGGUGUGGUUCUUCUCUUUCUGCUGCUACACGUGGAAGCAGACCUCCUCGGCCUCCAUGGAGCGCUACCUCGCAGUGAUGGUGAGGCGCUCACGAUCAAAAGCUUCCACCCAGAGGAAGAAAAAGCCCAAAGAGAAGCAGCUUGACACCAACCAGCUGAAGGAGGUCACCAAUACUAAGGUGGUGAAGGAUGCCAAGCAGAUACGGAUGGGGGAGGUGGGAGAGACAUAUGUGGUCAAGAAGGAGCUGCAGAAGAAGGCUGAGGGGGCGAAGGAGACAAAUAUGCUCAAGAAGGAGCAAAAUAAGAAGAAAAAGGAGGAGGAAGUGACCAAAACUGUGGUCAAGAAGGAGCAGCAGAAGAAGGCUGAGGAGGCGAAGGAGACAAAUAUGCUCAAGAAGGAGCAGCAGAAGAAGAAGGAGGAAGUGACCGAAACUACUGUGGUCAAGAAGGAGCAGCAGAAGAAGGCUAAGGAGGCGAAGGAGACAAAUAUGUUUAAGAAGGAGCAGCAGAAGAAGAAAGAGGAGGAGGUGACCGAAACUACUGUAGUCAAGAAGGAGCAGCAGAAGAAAGCUAAGGAGGCGAAGGAGACAAAUAUGUUCAAGAAGGAGCAGCAGAAGAAGAAAGAGGAGGAGGUGACCGAAACUAAUGUGGUCAAGAAGGAGCAGCAGAAGAAGGCUAAGGAGGCGAAGGAGACAAAUUUGCUCAAGAAGGAGCAGCGGAAGAAGAAGAAAGAGGAGGAGGUGACCGAAACUAAUGUGGUCAAGAAGGAGCAGCAGAAGAAGGCGAAGGAGCAGCAGAAGAAGAAAGAGGAGGAGGUGACCGAAACUAAUGUGGUCAAGAAGGAGCAGCAGAAGAAGGCUAAGGAGGCGAAGGAGACAAAUUUGCUCAAGAAGGAGCAGCAGAAGAAGAAGAAAGAGGAGGAGGUGACCGAAACUAAUGUGAUCAAGAAGGAGCAGCAGCAGAAGAAGGCUAAGGAGGCGAAGGAGACAAAUAUGCUCAAGAAAGAGCAGAAAAAGGAGGCGAAGGAGACAAAUAUGCUCAAGAAGGAGCAGCAGAAGAAAAAGGAGGAGGAGGUGUCUGAAACUAAUGUGGUUAAGAAGGAGCAGCAGCAGCAGAAGAAGAAAAAAGAGGAGCAGGUGUCUGAAACUAAUGUGGUCAAUAAGAAGGAGCCGCAGCAGAAGAAGAAGGCUGAGGAGGGAAAUGAGACAAAUGUGCUGAAGGAGGAGGUCAAAGAGACAUUUGUGGUUAAAAGGAGGAAGAAGAAGAAGACAGAGAAGGUGAAGGAGACAAAUGUGGUCAAGGAAGAGCAGCCGAAAGAAAUCAUGGAGGCAAAUGUGAUCAAGAAGGAGCAGCAGAAGGAAGUCAAGCAGACACAUUUGAUCAAGAAGGAGAUAAUUGUGGUCAAGAUGGAAGUGAAGGAGACAAAUGUGGUCAAGAAGGAGCAGCCUAAGAAGAAAAAGGAGGUCAAGGUGCUCCAGGAGAUCCCGGAGGUGAAGGAGGUGCUGGCCAAAGAACUACAUGAAGCCCCCGAUCCCUCUUUGAGGAGGAGGAGAAGGAGGCGACGCCACAAAGCAGAGAUGGCCAUGGAGCAGGUCCAGGACGAGCCCAGGAGGAAGCCUCUGGUCCGGGCGGCGUCGGAGGAGAGCGCGGCGGACCUGAGCUGGGCGGGGGGGUCGCCGCCCCCCGGGGACACGCUGCCGUGGAACCUGCCCAAGCACCACCGCAUCAAGCGCUCCAAGUCGGCCUCGGGGGACGUGCUUGACGCGGCCGAGCGGGCCGUCAUCCGGAUCGCAGACGAGCGGGACCGAGUCCAGAAGAAGACCUUCACCAAGUGGGUCAACAAGCACCUGGUGAAGGCCCAGAGACACGUGAGUGAUCUGUACGAGGAUCUUCGAGAUGGACACAACCUCAUCUCUCUACUGGAGGUUCUCUCCGGAGAGACGCUGCCGCGGGAGAAAGGUCGCAUGCGCUUCCACAAGCUCCAGAAUGUUCAGAUCGCGCUGGACUUCCUCAAGCACAGACAGGUCAAGCUGGUCAACAUCAGGAAUGAUGACAUCGCCGAUGGAAACCCCAAGUUGACCCUGGGCCUCAUAUGGACCAUCAUCCUUCACUUCCAGAUCUCCGACAUCCAGGUCAACGGCCAGUCGGACGACAUGACGGCCAAGGAGCGCCUGCUGCUGUGGUCCCAGAGGAUGGUGGAGGGCUACCCGGGUCUGCGCUGCGACAACUUCACCAGCAACUGGCGGGACGGCAAGCUCUUCAACGCCAUCAUACACAAACACAGACCGGGCCUGGUGGACCUGGACCAGGUGGGCCGGCAGAGCAACCAGAAGAACCUGGAACAGGCCUUCAGCGUGGCGGAGCGGGAGUUGGGUGUGACCAGGCUGCUGGACCCAGAAGACGUGGACGUGCCACACCCUGACGAGAAGUCCAUCAUCACCUACGUGUCCUCGCUCUAUGAUGUCAUGCCUCGUGUUCCUGGUGCUCAGGAGGGCGUCAAAGCCAACGAGCUGGAGCUGCGCUGGCAGGAGUACUACGAGCUGGUCACCAUGCUCCUGCAGUGGAUGCGACACCACAUCCUGGUCUUCGAGGAGCGCAAGUUCCCCAGCAGCUACGAGGAGAUCGAGGUUCUCUGGCGGCAGUUCCUGAAGUUCAAGGAGACGGAGCUCCCCGCCAAGGAGGCGGACAAGAACCGCUCCAAGCACAUCUUCAAGUCCUUCGAGGGCGCGGUCCAGGCGGGACACGUCAAGGUGCCGCCGGGCCACCACCCGCUGGACGUGGAGAAGGAGUGGGGUCGGCUGCACGUGGCCAUCUUGGAGCGCGAGCGGCUCCUGAGGACGGAGUUUGAGAGGCUGGAGCGCCUCCAGAGGAUCGUGGGCAAGGUCCAGACUGAGUCCGGGGUGUGCGAGGAGCAGCUCAACCAGGCGGAGACGCUGCUGCAGACGGACGUGCGGAUGCUGAACGCGGGCAAGCCCCCGCAGCACACGGCCGAGGUGGAGGCGGAUCUGGAAAAGGCGGAGGGGAUGAUUCGCUUCCUCUUCAAUGAUGUUCAGACGCUGAAGGACGGGCGCCACCUUCAGGCCGAGCAGAUGUACCGCAGGGUGUAUCAUCUCCACGAGAGGCUGGUGAACCUCCGCAGCGAGUACAACCUGCGCCUCAAGUCGGGCGUGACCAUGGCGCAGAUCCCCAUGACCCAGAUCCCCAUGACUCAGAUCCCCAUGACCCUUGUCAACCAGCCCCAUGUCCUGCAGCAGGCCCCCGUGAGGCUGCGGCCUGAGCUGGACGAGGUCACGCUGCGCUACGUGCAGGACCUGCUGGGCUGGGUGGAGGAGAACCAGCGGCGGGUGGACCAGGGCGAAUGGGGCUCCGACCUGCCCAGCGUGGAGUCCCAGCUGGGCAACCACCGCGGGCUGCACCUGUCCGUGGAGGAGUUCCGGUCUAAGAUCGAACGGGCCAAGGCGGAUGAGAGUCAGAUCUCACCUGCGAGUAAGGCCGCCUACCGCGACUACCUGAGCCAACUGGAACUUCAGUACGGGAAGCUUCUGAACGCCUCCAAGGCCCGCCUUCGCUACCUGGACCAGCUCCACGCCUUCGUCACCGCCGCCACCAAGGAGCUGAUGUGGCUCAACGAGAAGGAGGAAGAGGAGGUCAACUACGACUGGAGCGAGCGCAACACCAACAUGGCGGCCAAGAAGGACAACUACUCGGGUCUGAUGAGGGAGCUGGAGGUGCGGGAGAAGAAGACGAACAGCGUCCAGGUGUCGGGAGACAAGCUGCUGAAAGACGGACACCCCGCCAGGAAGACCGUAGAGGCUUUCACCGCCGCUCUGCAGACUCAGUGGAGUUGGAUGCUUCAGCUGUGCUGCUGCAUCGAGAGUCACCUGAAGGAGAACACCGCCUACUUCCAGUUUUUUGCUGACGUGAAAGAGGCGGAGAACAAGCUGAAGAAGAUGCAGGACGCCAUGAAGAGGAAGUACACGUGCGAGCGCACCACCACCGUCACCCGGCUGGAGGACCUCCUACAGGACGCCGCCGACGAGAAGGAGCAGCUGGGCGAGUUCAGGACUCACCUGGAGGGCCUGAAGCGCCGCGCCAAGACGGUGGUGCAGCUGAAGCCGCGCAACCCCGCCACCGCCAUCAAGAGCAAACUGCCCGUCCAGGCGGCGUGCGACUUCAAGCAGAUGGAGAUCACCGUCCACCGAGGCGACGAGUGCGCCCUGCUCAACAACUCUCAGCCGUUCAAGUGGAAGGUGCUCAACCGCGAGGGGAGCGAGGCGUCGGUGCCGUCCGUCUGCUUCCUGGUCACGCCCACCAACAAGGACGCCGUCAACAGCGUCGCCGGACUGGAGGGCAACCUGCAGAAGCUGCAGACCACGUGGCAGACCUUGUUUGUGGACCUCAGGAGCCUCCUGUCCUGGCAGUACCUCAUGAGGGACAUCCACAUCAUCAACACCUGGAACGUCUCCAUGUUCAAGACCCUGACGGUGGAGGAGUACCGACUGGCCCUGAGGAACCUGGAGCUGCACUACCAGGACUUCCUGAGAGACAGCCAGGACUCGCAGACGUUUGGAGCUGAGGACCGCAUGCAGGUGGAGUCCAGCUACAACAAGGCCAACCAGCACUACAACACGCUGGUCAGCACCGCCGAACAAGGCUACGUGCCGCCCAAGACAGGUGAGCGAGACGAGUCGCUGAGCAGGACUCACCUGAACCAGCUCAAGGACCUGCGCCUGAGGCUGGAGGGCUGCGAGAAUCGAACGGUGACUCGCCUGCGCCAGCUCGCCGACAAGGAGCCGCUGAGAGCCUGCGCCCUGAAGACCAGCGAGCAGAUGAAGGUCCAGUCUGAGCUGGAAGGCCUAAGGAAAGAACUGAGCGCCAUCGCCGACAAGACGGAGGAGGUUCUGGCCUCCCCGCAGCCGUCUACCUCCGCCCCCUUGCUGCGCUCCGAGCUGGAGGCCACCAAGAAGAAGAUGGACCACGUCUACGGGCUGUCGUCCGUCUACCUGGACAAGCUGAAGGCCAUGGAGGUGGUCAUCAGGAGCAGCAAGGACGCCGAGGCGACGCUGGAGAGCUACGAGUCUCGUCUGCUGGACGUCCACAAAGUGCCGGCGGAUGAGAAGGAGGCGGACUCCCAAGACGGCCAGAUUAAAAAAAUGCAAAACGAAGCGAAGGCGGACCAGAUGGUGUUCGACCGGCUGCAGGACGAGCUCAAGAGGGCGGCGGGCGUCCACGACAAGAUGACGCGGCUCCACAGCGAGCGCGACGCCGAGCUGGAGCGCCAGCGCCACCUGGUGGGCGGCCUGCAGGAGCGCUGGCUGGCGGUGCUGGCCCAGCUGGAGAUCCGGCAGCAGGAGCUGGAGCUGCUCCGCCGCCGCAUGGCGUCGUACCGCGACAGCUACGAGUGGCUCACGCGCUGGCUGGCCGAGGCCCGCCGGCGCCAGGAGGCCAUCCAGGCGGCGCCCGUCGGGGACGGGGCGGAGCUGAAAGAGCAGCUGGCGGAGGAGAAGAAACUUCUAGACGAGGUGGAGAAGAACGAGGACAAGAUGAACAAGUGCCAGAAAAACGCCACGGACUACAUCGACUCCAUCAAGGACUACGAGCUCCAGAUUCUGACCUACAGGGCCCUGCGGGACCCGCUCGCCUCGCCCCUCAAGAAAGCCAAAAUGGAGUGUGCGUCGGACGACGUCAUCCAAGAGUUUGUCACUCUGAGGACUCGCUACAGCGAGCUGAUGACGCUCGUCAGCCAGUACGUCAAGUUCAUCGCCGACGCACGGCGCCGCCUGGAGGAUGACGAGAAAGCGUCCGAGAAGCUGAAAGAAGAAGAAAGGAAGAGGUUGGCGGCGAUCCAGGCCGAGUUAGACAAACAAAGGCAGCUGGCUGAGGCCCACGCUCAGUCUGUGGCAAAGGCCGAACAGGAAGCCCAAACACUUAAGUUGAAGAUGAAAGAGGAGGCCAGCAAGAGACAGGAUGUUGCAGUGGAUGCCGAUAAGCAGAAGCAGAACAUCCAACAGGAGCUGAACCACCUGAAAAAUCUGUCGGAGCAAGAGAUCAAGUCCAAGAACCAUCAGCUAGAGGAGGCUUUGAGCAGCCGCACUAGGAUCGAGGAAGAGAUCCACAUAAUUCGCCUUCAGUUAGAGACAACGAUCAAGCAGAAGAGCACCGCUGAUGGCGAGCUACAGCAGCUCCGAGACCGAGCCGGUGAUGCCGAGAAGCUCCGCAAAGCUGCUCAGGAAGAGGCCGAGAGGCUUCGCAAGCAGGUGGCCGAAGAGACUCAGAAAAAGAAGAAUGCAGAAGACGAGCUGAAGCGCAAAUCUGAGGCAGAAAGAGAGGCUGCCAAGCAGAAGCAGAAAGCCCUGGAGGACCUGCAGAAAUUCAAGAUGCAGGCAGAAGAGGCAGAAAGGCGCAUGAAACAGGCGGAGGAGGAGAAACUCAGGCAGGUCAAGGUGGUGGAGGAGGUGGCGCUGAAGAGUGCCUCUGCACAGUUGCAGAGCACCUCUAAAACGUUCACUGAAAGGGCGACUAAACUGGAGGAAUCUCUCAAAAAGGAGCAGGGCACAGUUCUACAGCUGCAAGAGGAAGCGGAAAAACUCAGGAAACAACAAGAGGAAGCCAGCAAAGCUCGCGAGCAAGCAGAGAAAGAGCUGGAAACAUGGAGACAGAAGGCCAACGAGGCUCUCCGUUUAAGGCUGCAAGCCGAGGAAGAAGCCCAAAGGAAAAGUCAAGCUCAGGAUGAGGCAGAGAGGCAGAAGGUGGAUGCAGAGCGGGACGCCAAGAAAAGAGCAAAGGCCGAAGAAGCUGCCCUGAAACAGAAGGAGAAUGCAGAGAAGGAGCUGGACAAACAGAGGACUUUUGCAGAGCAGAUAGCGCAGCAGAAGCUGUCAGCGGAACAAGAAUGCAUUCGCCUGAAGGCCGACUUUGAACAUGCUGAACAACAGAGGAGCCUUCUAGACAAUGAGUUCCAGCGUCUGAAAAACGAGGUGAACGCCACUGAAGUGGAGAGGAAAAAACUGGAGGAGGAGCUGGCAAAGGUUAGGAGUGAAAUGGACGCACUUCUCCGAAUGAAGAGCAAAGCGGAGAAAGAGACGCUGUCAAACACGGAGAAGAGCAAGCAGCUUCUGGAGUCCGAGGCGCUGAAAAUGAAGCAGUUUGCAGACGAAGCAGCCAGGCUGAGAUCUGUGGCAGAGGAGGCCAAGAAGCAGAGGCAGAUUGCUGAGGAGGAGGCGGCCAAACAACGCGCUGAAGCCGAGAAAAUUCUCAAAGAGAAACUGGCCGCCAUAAACGAGGCGACGCGUCUCAAGACGGAGGCUGAGAUUGCGCUGAAGGCCAAAGAGGCCGAGAAUGAACGACUGAAAAGAAAAGCUGAGGAUGAAGCGUAUCAAAGGAAGCUACUUGAGGACCAGGCGGCUCAGCAUAAACAAGACAUCGCAGAGAAGAUCGAGCAUCUAAAGAGCUCGUCUGACUCUGAACUAGAACGGCAAAAGACAAUCGUGGAAGACACCAUCAGACAACGGAAAGUUGUGGAAGAGGAAAUUCAUAUCAUCAAAAUCAACUUUGAGAAGGCUUCAAAAGACAAAUCAGACUUAGAGAACGAAUUAAAGAAACUAAAAGAGAUUGCGGAUGAGACGCAGAAGAGCAAACUCAAAGCUGAGAAGGAAGCCAAGACAUUAAAACAACUUGCUGCAGAGGAGGAGAAGAAGAGGAAAGAAGCUGAGGAGAAGGUAAAGCGGAUCACGGCAGCGGAAGAAGAGGCAGCUCGACAAUGCAAAGCUGCUCAAGAGGAGGUGGAACGCUUGAAAAAGAAACAAGCAGAAGCAAAUACACAGAGAGAGAAGGCUGAGAAAGAAGCAGAGCAGCAGGUGGUUUUAGCGAAAGAUGCUGCUCAGAAAUGCAUGGCAGCCGAACAAAAAGUUCAAAAGGUUCUGAGCAAGAAUGAGGCGGACGCUCUCGCUCAGGAGAAGUUGAAGGAGGAAUUUGAGAAUGCUAAGAAACUUGCUCAGGAAGCUCAAAAGGCUAAGAAGAAAGCUGAGAAAGAAGCCGAGCUGCUACGCCAGAAGGCAGAGGAUGCAGAAAAACAGAAAAAAGCUGCGGAGGAUGAAGCCGCCAAGCAGGCCAAAGCUCAGAAAGAUGCAGAGAAACUGAGGAAAGAAGCAGAGGUGGAGGCCAGCAAGAGAGCGGAAGCCGAAGGCGCCGCUCUGAAGCAAAAGCAGCAGGCUGACGCUGAGAUGGCCAAACACAAGAAAGAGGCCGAGCAAGCCCUCAAGCAGAAAUCUCAAGUGGAGAAAGAACUGACAACAAUCAAACUGCAGCUAGAUAAAACCGACAAGCAGAAGUCUGUUUUGGAUGAGGAGCUCCAGCGGGUUAAGGGCGAAGUCAAUGACGCGGUCAAACAAAAGGCUCAGGUGGAAGACGAACUCUCCAAAGUUAGGAUUCAAAUGGAGGAGCUGCUUCAACUUAAAAUCAAAAUUGAGAUUGAGAACAAGCGUCUAAUGAAAAAAGACAAAGAUAAAUCAAAGAAGUUACUCGCAGAUGAAGCUGAGAGGAUGAAGACGUUGGCGGAGGACGCAACCCGGCUUAGCGCUGAGGCCGAAGAAGCAGCCAAACAGAGACAGAUCGCAGAGUCGGAUUUGGCUGAACAGAGAGCACUUGCAGAGAAAAUGCUUAAGGAGAAGCUGCAGGCCAUUCAGGAGGCUACAAAACUUAAGGCUGAGGCCGAGGAGCUCCAGAGGCAGAAGGACCAGGCACAGGAAAGGGCCAAAAAGCUCCUGGAGGACAAAGAGCAGAUCCAGCAGCGGCUUGACAAAGAGACAGAAGGCUUCCAAAAGUCCCUUGAAGCUGAGCGAAUGAGAAAACAAGAGGCUUCAGCCGAGGCGGAAAAACUGAAACUGAAGGUGAAAGAGCUCAGCGAUGCUCAAGCAAAAGCCAACGAGGAGGCAAAGAAGUUCAGGAAGCAGGCGGAUGAGGCCAAAGCUCUUCUUCAGGAAACGGAACAAAAAACCACAGCGACUGUCGUGCAGAAGCUGAAGAGUCAGGAGCUGCAAAGCACGAGAGAAGCUGACGAACUCAAGCAAGCAAUUGCUGCACUUGAAAAGGAGAGGGAAAAGCUGAAAAAAGAUUCAGAGACGCUUCAGAAAAAAUCCAAAGAGAUGGCCCUUGCCCAACAAGAGCAGAUUGAGCAGGAGAAGGCCCUACUUCAGCAGACUUUCCUAACUGAGAAGGAGCUGCUGUUGAAAAGAGAAAGGGAGGUUGAAGGCGAGAAAAAGAAGCUGGAGAAACAGUUUGAGGAUGAAGUGAGCAAGGCGAAAGCCCUCCAAGAGGAGCAGGAACGUCAGCAAAAGAUGAUCGAGGAAGAGAAGAAAAAGCUCCAGGCCAUCAUGGAUGAUGCUUUACGGAAGCAAAAGGAGGCUGAGGCUGAGAUGAAAAGGAAGCAGAAGGAAAUGGAGGUGCUUGAAAAGAAAAGGAAUGAGCAGGAAAAACUCUUGGGAGAGGAGAACAAAAAGCUCAGAGAGAAACUCAACAGCCUUGAGGUCGCAUCCAAAGAAAGUCCAUCAAAAACAAAAGAAAUUGAGGUCCAGACUGACAAGGAUGCUGGGGAGCAGUUAGUCGCUGCGACAUCUGCGGUAACAACAAGGAAUGCGUACAAUGGCUCUGGUGAGGUUGAUAGUGUGAAAGAGUCUCCUUGGGCCUUUGACGGAAUAAGAGCGAAAGUUCCUGCUGAGAGACUCUUUGACGUUGGCAUUCUGACAAAAAAAGAAUUUGACAAACUUAAAAAGGGGAAAGUCUCCGUGCAAGACCUUGCCAAGACAGACAAGAUGCAGUCAUGCCUUAAAGGUCAGAGCGCUGUUGGUGGCAUUUUGACUCCAUCUAAAGAGAAAAUGAGUGUUUAUCAGGCCCUUAAAGAAAACAAGAUAACACCCAAUACUGCUAAAAUGCUGUUGGAAGCUCAAGCAGCUUCUGGUUACCUUGUAGAUCCACUCAAUAACAGACGCCUCUCUGUAGACGCGGCUGUUAAGGAGGAGUUGAUUGGUCCUGAACUCCAUGACAAAAUGCUCUCUGCAGAGAAAGCAGCCACUGGUUUCAAAGACCCUUACACCGGUGACAAAAUCUCCCUUUUUGAGGCCAUGAAAAAAGGACUCAUUGAGAAGGAACAGGCCAACAGAUUCUUAGAUGUCCAACUUGCAACUGGUGGCAUCGUUGACCCCGUUAAUUGUCACAGAGUAGCACUGCAGACCGCCUACAAGCAAGGGCAGUUUGACGCUGACACAAAUAAACAACUCGCAGACUGCAAGUUGUUUAUGGACCCCAGCACCCAGGAGCCCCUCACCUACAAGCAGCUAUUGGAGAGGUGCACUAAGGAUGCAGCCUCAGGCCUGAUGAUUCUACCCGUGACAGAGGAUGCUGCCCAAAGCGACAGAACAUAUACUGACGCAGAGAUGAAAGAAGUGUUCAGUAAAUCAAGCGUCAAUGUACCGUUUGGCAAAUUCAAAGGGAAGACUGUCACCAUUUGGGAGGUCAUCAACUCAGAGUACUUUACAGAAGAGCAAAGACGAGAGCUGAUUCGCCAGUACAAGACGGGCAAAAUCACAGUGGAGAAGAUCAUCAAAAUUGUCAUCACUGUGGUGGAGGACAAGGAAAAGAGCAAUGAAAAUGUGUUGAACGGGUUGAGGGCUCCAGUUCCGGCCAGUGAGCUGUUGGACACAAAGGUUAUCAGCAAAGACGUAUUCAACAAAUUAAGUAAUGGCAAGAUAACAGUCAAAGAGAUCUCUGAGAUGGAGCCUGUGAAGAAAGCACUCCAAGGAACUCCAAGCAUUGCCGGCCUGUUUAACGAACAAACCAAAGAGAAAAUUGCUUUCUAUCAAGCGAUGAAGAAAGAACUAAUCUCGCCUGAGACCGCCAUUAAUUUACUUGAGGCUCAAGCAGCUACUGGUUUCAUCAUUGAUCCUAUCAAGAAUGAGAGGGUCCCUGUCGAUGAAGCGGUCAAGUCGGGCUUGGUCGGCCCAGAACUCCAUGAGAGGCUGCUGUCUGCUGAGAGAGCUGUCAGUGGCUACAAAGAUCCUUAUUCCGGGAAAAAAGUUUCUCUGUUUGAAGCCAUGAACAAAGGUCUGAUCAAAAGAGACCAAGGCGUCCGCUUGCUAGAAGCACAGCUCUCAACCGGAGGAGUUAUUGACCCCGUUAAAAGCUAUCGUAUCCCACAUGAGGUUGCCUGCAAACGUGGCUAUUUAGAUGAGGAAACCAAUAAGACUUUGAGCAAGACUGUAGAUGAAACAAAAGUAUUUUAUGAUCCAAACACAGAAGAGGAUGCAACCUAUGUGCAGUUAAUGAAGAAAUGUGUGUCUGACAAAGACACUGGACUUCCUUUGCUGCCUCUAUCAAGGACGGCUGCAAAGCCCAAAGAAGAUCUACAUAUAACCGAGGCCAAAACAAAAGAGGCCUUGACUCAGAACGUGGUGGAGCUGGGAUACGGGCCUUUCAAGGGGAAAAAGGUCACAAUUUGGGAAAUUAUCAACUCUCACUACAUCACGGAGGAGAAAAGAAUUGAGCUGAUUCGUCAGUACAGAACAGGCCAUGUGACAAUAGAGAAGCUAAUAAAGGUGGUGAUGGUAAUGGUUGAGGAACAAGAAGCGCAAACAAAAGACAAGGCCUGUUUUGAAGGUCUCAGGGAACCCGUCACUGCCAGGUCGUUGAUGGACGCCAACAUCAUUGAUAAGGCUACAUUCACAGAGCUCCAACAAGGCACAAAAACUCCUCAAGAAGUGAGUGAGUAUGAUGUGGUCAGAAAGUAUUUGCAAGGCACGGAGCGCAUCGACGCCAUUGCAAUGGAAGGAACAAAUGAAAAGUUGAGCAUAUAUCAGGCAAUGAAAAAUAACAUUUUGCAGCCAAACACUGGGCUUGCACUCCUUGAAGCCCAAGCCGGAACUGGUUUCAUAACAGAUCCUGUCAAAAAUAUGAAAUAUUCUGUGGAUGAUUCUGUGAAGGCAGGAACUGUAGGCCCAGAGCUUCAUGAGAAACUUCUGUCUGCUGAAAAAGCAGUGACGGGAUACAAAGAUCCAUAUACUGGCAAUAAGAUAUCUCUGUUCCAAGCCCUGAAGAAAGAGCUGGUCCUGCGGGAGCAUGCUAUUCCACUCCUGGAGGCUCAGCUUCAUUCAGGAGGCAUCAUUGAUCCAGUAAGUAGCCACCGCGUUCCCACCGAUGUCGCUAUUCAACGUGGCUUCUUAAGCAAACAAAUGGCCACUUCUUUCGAUGAACCCUCUGGCGAUGUUCAAUGCUUCACCAAUCCCAACAAUAAUGAAAGUGUUACUUACAAGCAGUUGAUGGAGAAAUGCGUUAAAGAUCCAAAUUCUGGUCUGUUCUACCUGCCAAUGUCAAAGGCUGAAACGGUCACUCCUGUCGAGCAGUCCUAUCAGUGCACAGAGGAGCAAGCCCAGGCGGCUCUUAGUAAAGCUCAAAUUGAGAUCCCACACAAGAGCUUUGAAGGGAAGAGCAUGACCAUCUGGGAAAUCAUGAAUUCGAACAUGCUUCCAGAGGAGGAAAGGCGCCGCCUGCUGGAGCAGUAUCGCUUGGGGAGAAUCACAAAGGAUAGAAUGCUUGUCAUUAUAAUUGAAAUUAUCGAACAAAGGGAGUCUGAAAAGUCUGAGCAGGGCAUGUCAUGUGAUGUGAUCAGAAGGAGAAUCACAAUUGAGGAGCUUUACAGCGCUCGAAUUAUUGACUUGCAAACGUACAAUCUCUUGAAACAGGAAAAAAUGACUAUUAGCGAGAUCAUGGAAAUGCCAUCGGUGAAACAGUAUCUCUUUGGCACUGGUUGUAUUGCCGGCAUUAUGUCAGACAGUCCCGCCAAGAUCAGCAUUUAUCAAGCCAUGAAAGACGGAAAGAUUAAGCCGGUAGUUGCGCUAACUCUCCUCGAGGCCCAAGCGGCAACCGGAUUCAUUAUAGAUCCAGUCAAAGAUGAACUUCUGACAGUGGAUGAAGCUGUGCGCAAGGGGCUGGUGGGGCCUGAACUUCACGACAAACUUCUCUCAGCUGAGAGAUCAGUGACCGGCUACAAGGAUCCAUACAGUGGAAAACUGAUUUCUCUUUUCCAGGCAAUGAAAAAGGAUUUGAUUCCAGAGGAUUAUGCUUUGAGGCUCUUGGAAGCCCAGAAUGCCACUGGGGGGUUAAUGGACCCAGAAUACUACUUCCGCCUCCCCUCAGAUGUUGCCAUGCAGCGUGGAUACAUCAAUAAAGAGACAUUGGACAGAAUAUCUGAGCCUGCGGGUGAUGUGCAAGGUUACAUUGACCCAACAACAGAUGAGGACUUGACCUACGCUCAGCUGCUAAAAAGAUGCCGAAUUGACAAAAAGAGUGGAUUGAGGCUUCUGUCAUUGGCGGACAGAAGUCUUCUCUUUCCGGGUAUCAGAAAACAAAUUACAGUGGAUGAGCUGCUUCGUUCUCAGAUUAUUGACCAAAAGACGUACAACGGCCUCACAGAGGGCACAAUCUCUCCAGAGGAAGUUAGUAGAGACAUUAAGAAAUACCUCCAGGGUACCAGCUGCAUUGCUGGCGUGUUUGUAGAAUCCAGCAAAGACCGCCUGUCCAUCUACCAAGCAAUGAAAAAGAACAUGAUCAGACCAGGAACUGCUUUUGAGCUCCUUGAGGCCCAAGCCGCGACAGGGUACGUAAUUGACCCGAUCAAAAACCUCAAACUAAAUGUCAACGAGGCAGUCAAGAUGGGUGUUGUCGGCCCAGAGUUUAAAGAUAAGCUGCUGUCAGCGGAGAGAGCAGUCACAGGCUACAAGGAUCCCUAUUCCGGCAAGGUCAUCUCACUGUUUCAGGCUAUGAAGAAGGACCUGAUAUUGAAGGACCAUGGUAUACGCCUGCUAGAGGCUCAGAUUGCAACAGGUGGAAUCAUUGACCCGCAAGAGAGCCAUCGCUUGCCAGUGGAAGCAGCGUAUGAACGCGGCCUCUUUGACCAGGAAAUGAACGAGAUCCUCACUGACCCGUCCGAUGAUACCAAAGGCUUCUUUGACCCCAACACGGAGGAAAACCUUACCUACCUUCAGCUGAUAGAGAGAUGUAUGAUAGACCAACAAACAGGGCUCGCUCUUCUGCUGCUGAAGGAAAAGAAGAGAGAGAGGAAGACGUCAUCCAAGUCAUCUGUUCGUAAACGUAGAGUCGUUAUUGUAGAUCCAGAGACAGGCAAAGAGAUGUCGGUAUAUGAAGCCUACCAGAAAGGCCUCAUUGAUCACCAGACUUACUUAGAGCUGGCGGAGCAGGAAUGUGAGUGGGAGGAAAUUACCAGCACCUCAUCUGAUGGAGUUGUAAAAUCCAAGAUUAUCGACAGACGGUCCGGUCGACAGUACGAUAUCGAUGAUGCAAUCUCGAGUGGCCUGAUUGAAAGGUCAGCUCUGGAUCAGUAUCGGUCUGGAACUCUGUCUAUUACGGAAUUUGCAGACAUGCUGUCAGGAAACUCCGGUGGCGUCAGAUCACGGUCAUCCUCCUUUGGUUCUUCAUCUUCUUACGCCAUGAGUCCGGCGCCUAGCAUAAAAACAUCAGCUGCCCCGUGGAAUGACCCAACCGAGGAAAGUGGCCCUGUGGCUGGAAUCCUGGACACAGAAACACUGGAGAAGGUGUCUGUAACAGAGGCCAUUCACAGAAAUCUUGUCGACAAUAUAACCGGUCAAAGGCUGCUGGAAGCUCAGGCUUGCACUGGAGGCAUCAUUGACCCAAACACUGGAGAGAAGUUCUCUAUUACAGAUGCAAUGAACAAAGGGCUCGUAGAUAAAAUCAUGGUGGACCGCAUCAGUCUUGCACAGAAGGCCUGCGGUGGAUUUGAGGAUCCUCGAACCAAAGUCAAAAUGUCAGCUGCCCAAGCUCUGAAGAAAGGUUGGUUGUACUACGAGGCAGGCCAGCGCUUCCUGGAAGUCCAGUACCUCACUGGUGGUUUAAUAGAACCAGACGUCACCAACAGAGUCUCAUUGGAUGAAGCCUUGAAAAAAGGCACCUUAGAAGCCCGCACUGCACAGAAGUUGCGAGAUGUCAACACUCAUUCAAAAUACCUCACAUGCCCAAAAACCAAACUUAAAAUUUCCUACAAGGACGCGCUGGAUAGAAGCAUGACAGAGGAGGGAACCGGCCUCAGACUCCUUGAAGCAUCAUCCCAGUCCAGCAAAGGCCUUUAUAGUCCCUACAGCGUUAGCGGCUCUGGCUCUGCUACUGGAUCACGCCCAGGCUCCAGGACCAGUUCACGGUCGGGGUCUAGAAGAGGAAGCUUUGAUGCCACAGGUUCCAGUUUCACCACGACCUUCUCCUCCACGUCGUACAGUUCGCCGGGCUACGGCCGCCGAUACUGAUGCGAAAGGAAGGACGGACAAUAAAGCCACCGAGAUGCCUAAGACUACCAUUUCUCCGCUCUGCAUGGUUGCUGCAAGACUUUAGAUAUUUCAUUUCUUUUAGCAGUUAAACAAGUCUUUGUAUUUACUUUUAUGUUAUCUAUAUAUCUACACCAGAUGUUCCAAGUGUACAUUUCCUUGCUUGUACAUGUUGGAGAUGAAUGCGAAAAGCCAGAACAUACUCUUUGAUUGUCGUCGAUGUUGAAAAAGGAAUAUAUUGAAAAAGAGAAAGUCCACACCGCAGAGCAGAAUAAGGAGUCUCAGCAAGAUGACUGACAUUCAAAACGUCUUCUUCGAAUAAAACGCUAAGCCUCAAGGACUUUUCUCAACUCGGCUGUGGUGCUGCACACUUUUGUGCCAGUUACUCAACAGCUUACGACACUCUGGAUUUACAUCAAAUGGAAACCGGCACUGGACCGAGGACCCUACCAAAAUAAGAACAUUAACACCUUCUGACAUGCUGGACUCUUUACACCAAAGAAACCCAGUCCCUGCCUGUCAGGAACCUCUGAAUGGUAUCGUCCCUCUCCCUUUGCUUCUGGUUUUGAGACCCAUGCACUUCAUCUGGACUAGGACUAGAAUUUAUGCAAAAGUACCAAACUCAUUCUCUCGUGUGACUACCGUGAGAUGCGCUUUCUAACCCCCAACUCGCUCACAAUGUUAGAAAUCCUUAAAGUGCCUGCAAAAAAACAAAAGAACCAACACUUUGGGACGCUGCCGCGUAUUAUGAACAAGACGGUGCUUGCAUGACUGAAAGCAGGAUGGACUUUGUGAUCAGGUCUACAUUAUUUUAUGCUGUCACUGUUAAUGCUGACCAGGGGUCACAAGUAAUGACAAGUACUAUAUUUGGACUUUGGAGCACCACUGCUGAAAGCCAUGAACGUAACGCUCGUUUUGUUCCUUUUGAGAACGGUCCUCAGGCUUCGCCAACCACGCAAACGUAUCUUCUAGAUCUUCUUUGUAAAGCAGCAUAACCAGUCAGCCUAUAUAUCCUUUUAUUUUCAUAUAUUUUUUUGAGGAGUUGCAUGAUUUGCUAACAUUUCAAACGAUGCAAAUAUGAACGGGCGGUCGCCUUUCAAUCAUUUGUUGUUAUUAUUCUCGUUAUGCAUCAGGGGGUUUGAAGGAUGUAUUUUAUCGAGUGGUGUAUUUAUAAUAAAAUGGUGAAAAGGAAUUCAGUUGUAACUCUGCGCUAUGUAAAUAAAGAGAAGAAA